AUGAUUUGUCGAUCACGUCUGCCUCCAGAUACUUCGGAUCGCAAAUACUUUUCCUAUCACGUUGGCCAUGGCAAUCAACAAGGCAUUGGCGCGGUUAGGGAGCAUCUCCAUGCCCCAUGUUUAGCUGGUGGACUCUUCGAUACUCUCUUCCUCACUGAAAACGAUGGAGUCUGA